AAAUAUAUAAAUAUAUAUAUUAAUGUUCUGACCUGGUCUUUGAAUAGGUCUCCCGCGUCAUCACCGUUCGAUUAGUUCAAAAUCUACCCACUCCAUUUCUCCCAUUCCAUGUCUUCAUCUUUUCAACCCUACUUAUCCCCUUCAUCAAAACCCCCCAUUCUCACCAUCUCUCCUUUUCCAUUUCCAAUUCCAUUCUUUCCAUCACCAUGCCCUCAAUCUCUCUCUUUUCCAUCAUCUUCCUCCUCCCUCUUCUCAACCCUGUCAUCUCUCAAAACCCUCAACCCCCCGCAUGGACAUUGAUUGAUUGCGGCUCAAAUGUCUCAUCUUUAAUCGGCGAUCGUCAAUGGGUUUCGGAUACGGCGUUUGUCUCUACAGGAACUUCUAAAAUCUUAGAAACUCCUAUGAACGAUGUGGUUUUAUCCACCGCGAGGACUUUUCCUCUUAGGGGAAACGUUAACAGGAAGUUUUGCUAUGAGGUGCCUGUUAUUCGUACGAGGAAGUAUCUUGUCCGAACUACCUUUUUCUAUGGUCAAAUUAACGGAAAUGGGUUCCCGCCGGUUUUUGAUCAGAUAGUUGACGGGACUUUUUGGAGUUCAGUGAAUACCACGGAGGAUUAUUUGAACCAUUUGGCUUCCUAUUAUGAGGGAAUCUUUGUUGCUGGAGGGAAGAAUAUGAGUGUAUGUUUAGCUGCGAAUAAUCUCACCGAUUCUGAUCCGUUUAUUUCGGCAUUGGAGCUUAUUCCUCUUGGAGAUUCGUUGUACAAUUCGACAGAUUUUGGAAGUUUUGGUUUGAGAUUGGUUGCAAGACACAGUUUUGGGUUUAAUGGACCAUUAAUUCGAUUUCCUGAUGACAUAUAUGACCGAAUCUGGCAGCCAUUUGGGCAAAGUAACACCACCACAGGUUUCAGAAAUGUAUCAGUUUCUGGUUUCUGGAAUCAUCCACCAUUGAAGGUGUUUCAGACAGAUUUAUCAAUCAAUGAACCGAAAUCGAUUGAGUUAUUCUGGCCUCCAAUGUCUCUACCAAAGGCAACAUACUAUAUUGCACUUUAUUUUGCUGCAGAUGGUAGUUCGACUCAAGGAAACUCGAGAUUGUUCACCAUAACUGUCAACAAUCUUAACUACUUCCGAAAUUUGAACGUGACCUCAGAAGGUUCAGUUGUAUUCGCAAACCAGUGGCUCCUAGAUGGAAUCACUAACAUCACAUUAACUCCUGCUACUGGUUCAAACAUUGGCCCUUUGAUUAAUGCUGGAGAAGUGUUUGAGGUUCUUCCCAUUCAAAGAACUCUCACUCGAGACGUAACUGCGAUGGAACAAAUAAAGAAUAAUUUACAGAACCCUCCUGUAGACUGGAAUGGUGAUCCGUGUUUACCAAUUGACUAUAGUUGGUCUGGAGUUGCUUGUUCCAAAGGACCUAGGAUACGCAUAACUGCUCUAAACCUUACAAAUUUCGGUCUAUCAGGAUCUCUAUCAACCGACCUUACCAGAUUGACUGCGUUAACAGACAUAUGGCUUGGAAACAACAGUUUGUCUGGUACAAUUCCUAAUGUCAGUUCAUUGAAGCAAUUGAAAACAUUGCAUUUGGAAUUCAAUCAACUUACGGGAGAAAUUCCACCUUUGCUUGGCGAUAUUGGGUCCUUGAAUGAGCUUUUCUUACAGGGGAACAACUUAACAGGUGAAGUUCCAAGGAACCUUAUAAAACCUGGAUUGAAUCUAAAGAUUUCUCCUGGAAACCCAUUGCUUAUACCUCCACAAUGAGUCAAAUCCAACAAAACAACAUCCAAGAUGAUAUUAUUGUACAGUUAGCUGAGAAGAUUUGUUGCAGUCAUUGUUUCUCAGCACCCAUACAGAAAUUAAAGGUUUAAAACUGUAAUAUUUUUACUGCCAUAAUCUAUUCUUUUCACACUGUAUUUUUUUCAAUUGUGUACAACUAAUGUAUCUGUAUAAUUAUUAUGUCAUUAUACAUAAUUGAGAGUAGUAAAGGCUUGUUGUUUACCUCGUA